AUGGGCACAGACUGCUCUGCUCUCAACCUGGAUUAUUUUGGUCCUGAGGAGGAGAGCAGGUCCUCCAGCAGCAGUAGCCGUAGCAACAGUCCUCCUCCAGGAGUUGACCCGGAGCUGUAUGAGUUGACCAUCAGCAAACUGGAAACGGGUGUUAGCAUUAUCCACAUGGAGGACACGCUGAAUCGCCUGAUGUCGGCUGCAGAGACAACCAGCCCUGCAGUCAGGAAACCUCAGCAGGACGACGAGGAUCUGAGUGCAGAGGCCUGCAAGCUGAUCUCUGGUCUGCCUAACCUUUCUUUCAUGCAGGCCAAGGUCCUCAUGUUCCCAAGCAUCCUCCUACCCAAAGAAUGAUGUUCCCCAAAACUACAGUGAUAUGUGAUCUCCACAAUAUUUACACCCAAUUCUUAAGUAGCUUAUUGCAAUAUACACAGGAUUCAAAUACUCCAAAACAAGAGGCAUUGUGGACUCUACAGUGAGUUAAAAAUACCUGCUUCAGUGUAAUUACUCCCCCUGCUGGCUAUAUUCUGUCUUGUGCAAAAAAGCAGAAUUUCUGUUUUGACCUGGUUUGUUUUAGUCUUUUUAAAGUUAAGUGUUGUGAUUUAUUAUGGUGAACAACUCACCCAAACACAUAUGUAUUCACUCUACAGACCGCAAGCUCACCACCUUAAUUAUUAUUUGAUUGUAUAUUUAUUGUCAACUUAUUUUGUAUGUUGAAUUAUCAUUGACAAAUGUAUAAAUAUACUAAAAUGUUAUGUGAGACAUAAAGAAUGAAGAAGUGGC